AUGGAGGACGGUUUCGGAUUCAAGAAGAAGCGAGCGCUCGGCAGUCUCGAUGGGGCUGGCUUUGGAUUUGACAAACGCGCACUCGACAGCAUGGACGGUGCCGGUUUUGGAUUCGACAAGCGCGCACUUGGAAGCCUUGACGGCGCCGGAUUCGGUUUUGACAAGCGAGCUCUCGGCAGCCUCGACGGAGCUGGUUUCGGUUUCGACAAGCGAGCACUUGGCAGUCUGGAUGGCGCUGGUUUUGGCUUUGAUAAGAGGGCACUUGACUCACUCGACGGCAAUGGAUUGGGAUGGGCAAAGCGCUCCCGGCAGCACAGGAUUAUGGGAUUCGGCAGUCGAGCUGGCGCCCUCGGAUUCCGCGCGUUGAAC